AUGACGAAGGUCACGGACACGGGCUCCGCCAAACGGUGCUACCUGCCCCAUCACCCAGUGGUCAGGGAGGCUAGCACAACCACCAAGGUACGCGUGGUGUUCGACGCGAGCUGUAAGACUUCUUCUGGUGUGUCGCUCAAUGAGGUUCUGCUGUGUGGACCAGUAAUCCAGCAGGACUUGAGAUCGAUAAUCUACCGUUGUCGGGUGAAGCAGAUCAUGUUGGUUGCGGACGUCGAAAAGAUGUUCCGGCAGAUCGGCAUCUGCCCGGAGGACCGUUUGUUGCAAUGCGUUCUAUGGCGUCCAAUGCCCACCGAGGCGAUCUCCACGUACGAACUCAACACCGUUACGUACGGUACGAAGCCAGCUCCGUUUUUGGCAACACGGACGUUGAAACAGCUGGCCAUGGAUGAAAAGGAACGGUUUCCGCUCGCAGCCAAGGUCGCCUGCGAAGAUAUCUAUAUGGACGAUGUGAUCACCGGAACCAACAACUUGGACUCGGCGAUCGACCUGCGAAACCAGCUGGACAAGAUGACGGUCAGUUGUGGUUUCCGUCUGCGGAAAUGGGCAUGCAAUCGUGCUGAAGUUCUGUAUGGUGUGGAGGAGGAUAACUUGGCGAUUCCCUGCGCCGAUGGUAUCAACCUGGAUCGAGAUCCUUCGGUGAAGACGCUCGGGUUGACAUGGUUUCCAUCUACAGACGAGUUCAUGCUCAAGUUCACAAUCCCAGAGACGGGCCCUGAUGAACCACUCACCAAGCGAAACGUUCUUUCCAAAAUUGCGUCGAUUUUCGAUCCCCACGGUUGGUUUGGCGCAACGGUUACAACGGCAAAGGUGUUCAUGCAGCAGUUGUGGACGCCGGGCAUCGAUGGCAAGCGUCUGGAAUGGGAUCAGCCAUUGCCUUCGAUGAUGGGUGAGAACUGGCGGAAAUUCGAGGAGCAAUUACCGGUUCUCAGUUCGGUUCGGUUUGCGAGAUGUGUCGUCAUCCCUAACGCAACGUCGGUUCAGCUGCAUUGCUUCUCAGACGCGUCCACCAAGGCCUACGGUGGUUGUGUUUACGUUCGUAGCGAGAACGCAAAGGGAGAAGUUAUGGUUCGUCUGUUGGCCUCAAAGUCGCGGGUGGCCCCGCUCAAGGUUCAGACGAUUCCGAGACUGGAGCUCUGCGGAGCGGUCUUGGUUGCGCAGCUGUUCAAGGUUCUACGAGAAGCGCUCGACAUUCCAGUGGACGCAUAUUUCUGGACGGACUCCACGUGCGUACUCUGCUGGCUUGGAUCUAUCCCGACCACGUGGAACGUGUUCGUUGCAAACAGGGUGUCGAAAAUUCAAAACAUCACGGAAGGAUUUCGUUGGCAACACGUCCCAGGACUUCAAAACCCUGCUGAUCUUAUUUCCAGAGGAAUCUCGCCACAGGACAUCGUGGACAACGAGUUCUGGUGGUUUGGACCGGAUUGGCUGCGUUUGAGCCCAGAGCACUGGCCGAAUGCAGAAUCUACAGCUGAAGAUGAGAAUGCGGAAACGGAAAGACGUCGAUCGGUGACAGCAAACACUGUGUCGGUGGUACAGGAGUUCAACGAUCUUUAUUUUGCAAAAUUCUCUUCGUACCCGAAGCUGAUCCGUCAAACAGCCGUUUGGUUGCGGCUCAUGAAACUUCUCCGCACUCCCAGCUCGGACCGUACAUCCGGAUUUCUCACCACGGCGGAACUGAAGGAGGCAGAGAACGUGCUGAUUCGUCGGGUUCAGAUGGAAUCGUUCGCUGAUGAAAUUAAGGCACUAUCUGCAAGAAAAACGGUUGCUGUUAAAUCACCUCUUCGUUGGUACAACCCUUACCUAGACCAGGACAACAUUAUUCGUGUGGGUGGGCGGUUGAAAAACUCUGACGAGCCCGAGGACGCCAAGCACCCUGCUGUUCUGCCUGCGCGCCAUUACUUCACACGGUUGGUUUUGAAAUACUAUCAUCUCGGGCUGCUGCACGCUGGACCACAGCUGCUGUUGGGAACAGUUCGGCUUCGAUUCUGGCCUUUGGGAGGACGGAGCGUGGCACGCACGAUCGUGCAUCAGUGCAAAACAUGCUUCAAGGCCAAACCUACGCCGGUGCGACAAUUCAUGGGCGAUCUGCCAGCGGUACGCGUCACGGUUGCGCGUCCGUUCUCGAGAACUGGCGUUGACUACUUUGGCCCAGUGUUCAUUCGUCCAGGUCCUCGGCGCACGGCGAUCAAGGCGUACGUGUGCCUGUUCGUGUGCCUGUGCACCAAGGCCGUGCACCUCGAACUCGUGUCGGACCUCUCCACGGAACGCUUUCUGCAGGCUUUACAUCGGUUCACCUCGCGCAGAGGACCUGUCGCCGAGAUCUGGUCUGACAAUGGGACCAACUUUGUCGGAGCACGGAACAGGUUGCACGAGUUGUUUACACUGCUUCGGGACAAACAGCACCAGGAGAAGGUCUUCAGGGAUUGCGCCAACAACGAGAUUCGCUGGUCGUUCAGCCCACCAAGCGGUCCUCAUUUCGGUGGUUUAUGGGAGGCGGCCGUACGCUCAGCCAAGCACCACGUUCUGCGUGUCAUUGGAGACGAACCUAUCUCGAUCGAGGAUAUGAAUACGCUGCUCGUUCAGGUGGAAGGCUGUCUGAACUCGAGGCCCAUCACUCCCAUGUCCGACGACCCCAAUGAUCUCGAGCCGCUCACGCCUGCGCAUUUUCUCGUUGGAUCAUCGUUGAAGGCGCUACCGGACCGUGAUUUCAUCAAUCUACCUGCAAACCGUCUCAACCAUUACCAACAGAUCCAGCAGAAACAACAACUAUUUUGGAAUCGGUGGAAAAGGGAAUACCUGAGUCAGCUGCAAGCUCGCACGAAACGUUGGCGGUCACCUGUGCAGAUAGAAGUCGGCAAGCUGGUCGUAAUCGUCGACGACAAUCUGCCACCCACGCGCUGGAAGCUAGCGAGGAUCAGCGAAGUCCAUCCAGGUGCUGAUGGUGUCGUACGUGUUGUCACUCUCAAGACUGCGACGAAGCUGAUCAAAAGGCCGGUCGAGAAGAUUUGUUUACUUCCACUGGACGAAGAGGAGCACAAUGCCAACAAACCGAGUGAACAAUAG